CUAGCUAACGCUGACGGCUAACUUACGAACUCUCUUAAAAACAUUUUGGAUAGAGAAAGACGUGGCCACUAAUCCAAUUUCAAAAUGGAUUAGAUCACAGACGUUACAGUUAGUUGUAGUUAUUCAGAUUUAACAAUAGCCACGUUACAAUGGAGUAUAUUACUUUGUAACGUUAGCUAACGUUAUUUGUUUGAACUGGCUUAACUUAAGGUUACACGGUGAUUUACAAAAAACAAGGCCUAGAGUUAACGUUAGCUAACGGAAACCUUAACGUUAACAGAAAUAUCGGAACAGGAUGGAUGGUGAAGAGAGAACCUACGGUGGCUGUGAAGGGCCAGAUGCCAUGUAUGUGAAGUUGAUCUCUUCAGAUGGCCAUGAAUUUAUUGUGAAAAGAGAACACGCCUUGACAUCUGGGACUAUCAAAGCUAUGUUGAGCGGGCCAGGUCAGUUUGCUGAGAAUGAAACCAAUGAAGUGAACUUCAGGGAGAUUCCGUCUCACGUCCUGUCCAAGGUCUGCAUGUACUUCACCUACAAGGUCCGUUACACCAACAGCUCCACAGAAAUCCCUGAAUUCCCCAUCGCUCCGGAGAUCGCACUGGAACUUCUCAUGGCUGCGAACUUUUUGGAUUGCUAAAGUUAGAGAUAAUGUAGCAAAUUAAAACAUUUUUAGAUUUUUGUUUUGAAUAUUUAAAAUGUUUUUUUCAUUUACAUCAUAUGAAACAUUUUUUUUUUCUGUCAUACUUUUAUUAGUAUUAAAGGAUUUCAUUUUAAUGUAAUAAAUGGAUAGGGCAGAAUGCAUCACUUGCCCCAGAAUGUGACAAAUAUGUUGUCCCCCCCAUAAAUCUUUCCUCACCUCUCCACCUUAAUAAAGACGUGUUUGGUGAGCACUUGUCAGUU